AUGGCUAUCCAUACGAAAUUUCAAUUAUUACGGCAAGAGAUUGAUAUGAGAGAACAGGAAAUUUUAAACUUCAUUGAAAAACAUUAUAGUGAAAAUAAUAGUACGCCAAGUGUUAAUUUUUUAACGUCCUUUAAUAAUCAAAUGCAGUUAAUAUAUCAUGCUGUACGAAAAUUAUCAUGUAAAACAACACAAUCGGAAGAUGAUUACACUUUUGUGCAAUCGUGUGAUUAUAUGAUUGUUGGCGAUACAUCAUCAUCAUCAUCAUCCUCAUCCUCUUCUUCUUCAUCGAGCAGUAGUAGUUCAUCAAGUAGUGAAAAAAUGAAAUCAAAAAACAAAAAGCCAUCGUCAGUGUACAAUAAAAUGAAGCAAUUUGAACAACGUUUAACUCAAAUUGAACAACAAAUGAAACCAAAAUCGACAGACAUAGAGAAUAAAGAAAAAUGUAAAAAUACUAAUUCGUCAAAACUUCACCAACAAUCUGGUAUCGAAUUAAUUCGUUCUAAACCAAUGACUGUCUGGGUUAAAAAAUCUCUGAAUAAUUUAUUACCAAUAACUAAGAAUAAUAUUUGUCAUCAAGAAAGUUUUCAUGGUGUUAAAUAUUUAUUAGCUUUACCUCUAACUGCAUUUUUAUCUCGUACAAAAACAGAAACAACGACUACAAUUGAGAAAGAAUUAAAAAAUUUAAGAAUAAUCAGUUAUAAUACGUCAAAGGAAGCACCACAACAGUUAAAAUGGAUUAAAAAUGAAAAAUUUGAAUUGUUGAAUAAUGAUAUUAAUUUAAUACCUGAAUGCGAGCGUCGAAAAUGGUUAUGUUCUAACAAUGGUAGUCAAGUAUGUUCAACAUCUAAACCUUCUACAAUAUUAACAUCUACGAACAUUUAUUCAAAAGAUCAUUGGAUUAAUGGAAAUAAACAAAAAGAACAACAUCAAAAUUUAUUUCGUCCAUGGUUAUCAACCGAUACACAAAAGUUAUCAACAACCGUCGAUUUAGAUGAACAUCUUCAACAAUGUACCGAACGUGUUAAAAAAUUACAUAAUGAAUAUUUAACAACCGUUGAAAAAACGACGCAAUCUCCAAUAGCACGAAAUGACACUCCUUCAGAAUAUCCUCAACUAACUCAAAUAGCUUCUCUAAAAUAUCCAGCACCAACAAUAGUAUCUGCAUUCACAAAAUAUUCUCCGCUACCAUCUACCUUAGCAACAGCAACGAGAGAAAAAUAUAGUUCAAUAUUAAAUACAAUAGAUACAAUGAGACAUAUGCCGCUUGAUCAAUGGGUUUCGAAAAAAUAA